UGGGAACCAGAGAAAGAGACGAGUGAAUCAGACUGUUCACUCUCAGAUUUUAGUGUUGGAUCCAAAAAGAAAAGAAAAAUUAAUAAAAACAGACCAAAACAUACAAAGCUCAAUCCGGCUUCCAAAAGAAGCAGAAUGUCUUCACCAGAGACCAGGAGGGGCAAGAGAUCAACGACUACUGUCAAAAAACCAUCCAAAACAUCGUCAGCAACAACAAAGUCGUCCAAAACAUCGACAAUAACAACACAGCCAUCCAAAACAUCGUCAGCAACAACAAAGUCGUCCAAAACAUCGACAACGGCAACACAGCCGUCCAAAACAAUCAGUGCUAAGGCUGUGGUCAAAACACUCACACCACCUGCAGAGACAAAAAACUCCUCUGCCAGCCAGCAGUCCUCUAAAAAGACCGUUGCUCCUCCAAGCGUGCCCAAAGGAGAAAUCGAAGUGAACAUGAACGUUUUGGCGAGGAAGCAACAUUUGUGCUGGCAACGAGGGAAAGUUGCAGAAAUAAUAACAAAAGAAGGUGGAAAGGUGAAAUACAAGGUCAAUUUUGAGGAGAAGGGUAAAAUCCUUGUGUCCGGUCACCACCUCGCCUUUGACAACAUGCCAAAGUUGGACGAGCUUUCUAUAGGCUGUCGCGUGGUGGUCAAGAUUUCUAACGAGAAAGUGGUGUACAAGCCCGGCAUAAUGGCCGAGCUCCCUAGCCGAAAAAAUCGCAUGAGGUUCCUGGUGUAUAUUGAUGACCACACUCCCAUGUAUGUUGGCCUGCCUUUUCUUCAUCUGGUGUACAGACCAUUGGACAAUCCUUUAGACGACAUUCCUGAUGAAAUUCACAGGAACUUCAUGAAGGAGUAUCUGGAAGACUGGCCGUAUCCACCGCAGACCCAGUACAAAGUUGGACAGGCUAUAAAGGCUGACUAUAAAGGUGUCAUGCAGAAGUGUGAGAUCAUCGCUGUUGACUGCAGCUUGGUUGAGGUCAUUUUUGAGAGUGAUAAACACAAGGAGUGGCUCUACAGAGGCUCGCUACGCCUGGAACAUAUGGUCAUUAUGAGGCACAGCAUGUUCAAGAAGUAGGCUGCGGAAUCGGCGAAGAAACCUCAUUAGUCACUGGAUCAUUAAAAGCAACACAUUAGGUUGUCUGGACAGGUGGACGGCAUACUUCCUGCUGGCGCUCCCGGCUCCUGGUGGAAACGCUGCAGUGGUUUUCCAAAAUUCCUCUGGCAUUAUGCGACUUUAGCUGUUCCACUUGCAGCUUUUCUUGAGUCAUCCGAGAGUUUGGACCAUUGAGGAAGCUAAAUUUACAUUAAGCUAAUACAUUUUUGAGACCACAUUGUCAAAGUGACACAACUGCGUCUGUAGAUUGGAAUAGUAUUAUCGAUUUUCUGAAUGUUCUACCUCGUUAAAAUAGCCGAGGACUCGUAAUUUCUCUAAAAGACAGUUAUUUCUAUUCAAUUGCAAAUCCUUUUUUUUUUUUUGCAUACUUAUGUGGUCUGUGUUGUUAAAUAAAAACCGUCUUGUUUUUUGUGUAGUACAAGGACUUUCUGUAAAAAGUGUUCAACCCCUUGGAUGUUUUAUCUGUUAUUGCUUUAACAAAUCAAUCCAAAUCUGCCAUUUUUCACAAGAAAUUAUUUCUUUAUUGUCAAAGUGAACAUUUCUACGAAAUGAUUAUAAUAAAAAUAUUUUACAUAGAA